AUGCGGCCGCUACUCAUUGUGGCGAUUCUGCCGCUAGUAUUUGGUGUGCUGAAAGCGCAGCAUGGAACAGUUGGACGGCCUUGCGAGGUGUCGACUGAUUGUGGCACUGGAAAUUAUUGUGCUGGCAACAAGCGAUGUGCCUGUUUGACAACCUAUGUCGAGAUUGACUCGUACUGUUGGAGAAAGAUCAACCCCGGCGAGUCAGGCUGUACUCAGAAUCGUCAAUGCGAGGCCGUUUGGCCCGGCGCCUAUUGCCGCUCUGGUGAAUGCCGAUGUGCGAACAAUCAGCCACCGUUCAGAACUCGAGACGGUCUUGUCUGUCUGAACUACGGCUUCUGUCCACUCAAUGGAAACAAUCCAAAGUUCAGAAUCGAGAAUCAGGUGCAACAAUGUUACGGUGGCGCUGAUGCGACUUGCGAGGCGAUUGGAGCUUUGGCAUACGAUUGUAUUUGUGAUUCCGACGAUUGCACCGUCAACAAUCCCAUCUCUUUCUGUUGUCCGUCAAGGGCUUUCGCCUGCAUUCAGCCACCAAACGAGGGCUACACUCCACCAGGCGGUGGCACAACUCUCAACCAUUGGUAUCACGAUCCGAUCACUGGCGAAUGUCGUGAGUUGAAAUACCAAGGAUACGGUGGAAAUGCGAAUAAUUUCCAGACAAAAGAUCAUUGUGAAUCCUACUGUAAACAAACCUGCAAUCGUGGUCUCCCUCUUUACCGUGAUCGAACGACUGGCGUUAAACAAGAGCCGGUGUAUUGCCAAGGAAACGAUAAUGGCUGUAACAACCCGAACUACGUUUGCACCACGAUGGGCACCCUGCAACAGUGUUGCCCGACUUUCACGUUCAUCUGCUCCCGAAAUGGUGCCAUUCCCACUGAGGUUUACAACACGGCUGGUGGCUUGCCGACUGAAUAUUUUGAUGUUGGAAUCCCUGACGGAUCUGGAAACACGUAUCCAAGAUUCUACUACGAUUCACGCGAGGGCCGAUGCAUUCAAUUCUCGUAUCUUGGCCAAGGCGGUAACUUCAACAAUUUCCUGUCUCAGGAUCAUUGCGAAAAGUUCUGUUCGAGAAUCCUGUGCUCGGCCGGUGAGCCGCUGAAGGACUCGUCCGGCGAGCGCAACAUGGAGUGCUCGCCAACGGGCAGCGGCGCGAACACGUGCCCGUCCACACAUUCCUGUGAAUCCACAUCCGGCUCGACAACUUUCGGCGGUGUUUGCUGCCCGCGUCCGCAGUACGUGUGCAAGUUGCCGAGAGAGCAGGGUAACUGUGGGACUUACUCAAACCGUUGGUGGUUCAACGCGAAAACCGGGAACUGCGAAGAGUUCAUCUAUUCGGGAUGCCAAGGAAACGCGAACAAUUUCGAGACGUACAAAGAGUGCCAGGAUUACUGUAGAGACGCUAGAAGUGAACCGCAAUGCAUUCAAGGCACUGCAUUAACCGAUUCAAAUGGAAAUUUCAUCAUUUGUGGAGCCGCCGGCUCAUCAGCUGCCUCAACAACCUGUCCAGCGAAUCACUAUUGUUAUUAUGACGGAACAACGUAUGGGUGUUGUCCAACGCAAGCGUACACCUGUUCCCUCUCGUACAAAGCCGGAGCCACCUGCGGCCCAGCGGUCACCCGAUGGUACUAUGAUUCAACUACGAGAACUUGCCAGACCUACUCAUUCAAUGGAUGCGACGGAAAUAGCAACAAUUUCGCCACUCAACAGGAUUGCAAGGACUAUUGCCGGGUGGAGAGUUGCCCAGAUGGAGGAGAGGUGUGGAAAGAACAAAACGGAGCGCCGCGCGCGUGCACAAGUAAUCGACAAUGCCCCUCCACUCACUACUGUACACCAGUUACAACUUGGACUGGCACCGUCUAUCAGACAAAAUCUUUGUGCUGUCCUUCGAAGAACUUUGUUUGCUCGCAGCCGAGAGAUGUCGGAGUGAGAUGCUCGUCGACGAGGAUCAGUAGAUGGUACUUCAACGCGGACACGAAAACCUGUCAAACGUUUGAAUACAACGGUUGCGAGGGGAAUCGAAACAAUUUCGCGACACAGAAGAGCUGUCAAAACUAUUGCUUGUCCGAGGCUUGCCCACCGGGAACUGUCGUUGCGAAAGAGGCUGAUGGCAAUCGACUCGUCUCAUGCUCCAAUCCUGGAGGCUCUGGUCGUGUCUCCGGCGGAUGCCCAGAUGGAUACACUUGCAAUUCUUCGCCACUUCUCGAUCAAAACGUCUGUUGUGGUGCAUCGACAGAGCUACAAUCUCUCUGCCCAGCUUCCUCAACUCCAUUCAUCUCAGCUCUCUCUCUCCAACCAAUGCAAUGCACACCAAAUGUCGAUGGUGCUUGUCCGGGUAAUUUCUUCUGUUGGUUCUCAACGACAUCGACUUCAGUGAACGCUUUUUACUGUUGUCGAUCGCCAGACUCCGUCGAUACUGGUUAUUGCCCACCCCAACUAGUGCCUGUGCCUGGUGAGGGCGGCGCUCAAUACAAAUAUUGCUCUCCAUCAGCUCCAAUCAACGACGCCAUUCAGGGAUGUGGACCAAAUAGACAUUGUCAAUUCUCGACGAAUCUGGAGAGAUACAUUUGUUGUGGCCUCGAGUCGGAUGUGCGAUUGCCGAACGUUUGCCCGCCUCAACCAGCGAAUCUAGUGCCUGUCGAGUUGGCCGGCAACUAUCGAACCUGCAAUCCGUACGCGCGGACGGGCACCCCACAGUCGUGCCCGGACAAUUCGGCUUGCUUGUACACCGGAAACGAUAACGGUUUCAUUUGUUGCCGAGUUCAGUUGAACGGCGGUGGAAAACAA